CAUGUCACCUGAAUAUGGACUUUACGGCCAAUUUUCUGAGAAGUCAGAUGUAUUUAGCUAUGGGGUGUUGUUGCUAGAGAUUGUGAGUGGAAAGAGGAGUGCUAGUUUUUACCAUGUUGAACAAGCAGUCACUCUUGCUGGAUGGGCAUGGGAAUUAUGGAAAGAAGGUAAAGGAAUGGAGGUGAUUGAUGCAUCCAUAAGGGAAACAUGUCGGCCUCAUGAAGCUUUAAGGUGUAUCCAUGUUGGUUUCUUGUGUCUUCAACAAUCUCCUGCUGAUCGACCGACUAUGUCUUCGGUAAUUCAUAUGCUGCAAGCCAGUGAUGCAACAUCACUUCCACCCUCCGAAGAACCUGCUUUUUCUACUGAUAUUAGGAAUUCUAGUGCCCGUGGUUCUUCCUCUGAAACAUCUACCAGAUUUUCCAACAAUGAAGUCAACAUUAGCUUGCCAGAAGCUCGGUAGAGGUUCACUGAUGAAGUUUGAUACAUAACAGCAAACAAAAUUGCU